AUGAUUGCGACACCUAAUGAUAGGUCAGAUGAGGUAUUCCAACUAUUCAAUAUAGAAAUCUUAAGGCCGUACUCGUGUACUGAACCGAUGGACGCCGACGACAAUGACUUACAUGAGAAAGGGUAUCACUCGCGUGCGUUUGAGUUGUGGCGUAGAGCGGGAGUGGCGUGUUGGCUGUCGCGGCUCGUGGUGGCUACUGAAGGCCGCACGGCGGGGGGGCACUUUAUGUGCGCGCGCGCACCCUACACCCACGCUCUGGUGGAUCCUCGCGAAAAC